AUGGGCAACUCGACUACUGUCCGGUCGAACUGUCAACACCAGUCUGUGCAAGAGGGUAAACUCGCUGGUGCUGCGCGAACUAGGAAUCGCCGGAGGAGGGUCGCGUCGGGGGUGGCUGUUCGCGGGCGGAGGGCGAUCGAAAUUCGCCGGAGCAGAGAUAGACAUUCCAGGCGCAGGAGUCGGAGCAGGAGCCGUGAUAGGCGGUCCAGGAGGAGGAGCCGGAGCCAUGAUGAUGAAGGGAGGCGUAAACGUCGGUCUAGAAGUCGCAGUAGAGAGAAGAAUAGGGAGAGAAGUAAACGGGAGGUUAGGUGUAGUGGUGGAAUUGAUUAUGCCAAAUCGAUUGAAGGCUAUAAUAAUAUGACGCCGGCUGAAAGAGUCAGAGCCAAGAUGAAGCUUCAGCUCUCAAAAACUGCUGAAAAAGACGAAACAAUUGGAAAAGGGUCCGGAUGGGAGCGUUUUGACUUUGACAAGGAUGCCCCUCUCGAUGAUGAAGAAGUCGAAGCGGCUGAGGAUGAUGCUGUGUUAGUCAAGAACAUGGGGCAGAGCUUUCGUUUUUCUGCUGUGGAGGCGAGGAGAGAGGACGCACUCAAGGCUGCCCAUGAUGAAGCCAUGUUUGGAGGCUCCUCACAUCCAUUACCUGCACAAACAGAUGAUCAAGCACAAGAAGAAAGUCUCGAGAAAGAAAAUAUUGAAAGUACCCCUGUUAAAAGUCUUCUUAGCGAGCAGGUUUUGACUAUGCAACGAGGCUCUUGGCGUGAUCGUGCCCGUAAAUCAUGA